GAAAUUCUAUCGAGCCCACAGCCACCAGCCUUGGAAACUGGGAACAAGGAAAGCGCCAGAAUUAUCUUCGUCACCGUCACUGUUACCCUCACCCGCACCUUCACUUCACCAACCAUCCAAUUUUGCCCCCCGAGGAUGCGCCUAGUGAGCCUCAAUUAACCCCGGCCGUGUCCUCUCACAUGCCUGCUGCUGCUGCUGUCACCCUCGUGUCACUUUGCACCAAUCCUUGACACCAACUUCGACCAUCAACCUUCGUUGCCCCCCUCCACGACCUUGCAUCCUCUGGCCAAAGGCAUCUGAGACUCGUCCAACUCAGCGAAUCAAGUCAAGACGCCGCGGGAGAUCUUCGCAGCGCGCCACCGAGCCCUCAUUCUCGUGGAACUUGAAGAGAGGCUGACGAACGCCAACAUUACUAGUUGAUACCGAAUCACGCCUUCCUCAAUUCAUCCGUUUGCACCUGCAUCUCGAUUGCAUUUUGACUGGCUUCCCGCAAAGCAUUGGGCAGGAAUUCACCAUCACCUCCAAACACCAUACGCUUGGGAUUCCAUCGACUUAUCAACCUCACGUCCCUGUCUUCAUAUUCACUUCACCUUCUUUUCCACCCCCUACCGUCUUCACAAACCACACUCCGCACAGCAAGGCUGCAGAGGCUGUUUCGCCGCUUUCACCCCCCAAAACCCCACCCUCACCCGUUUACCACCAACAUCGUCUUCCUUCGACUCGGUAUCUUUUCCUUUCCACUACACCUCGCCGUCUGACCAUCCUCUGAACUCGGUCUGAGUCAGCUCUGAACAGGGAUACUGUCUCGAGACUCCAAGCGUAACCUGAUUUAGUCCCAUUGCAAACAUGCCAUCAGCCACCGACAACCCUCCCAAGGUGGAAUCACGACUUCUCCUGGUCUCGAACCGUCUUCCAAUCACCAUCAAGCGCUCUCCUGAAGGAAAAUAUGACUUCUCCAUGUCUUCGGGAGGCCUUGUCACUGGGCUCAGUGGCUUGGCAAAGACCACCACCUUUCAGUGGUAUGGCUGGCCUGGGCUGGAAGUCCCUGACGACGAAGCCGGCGAUGUGGUCAAGCGGCUGAAGGAUGAAUUCAAUGCUAUCCCCGUCUUCGUCGACGACGAAUUGGCCGACAGACACUACAAUGGGUUUUCAAAUUCCAUCAUGUGGCCGCUCUUCCACUACCACCCGGGUGAAAUCACCUUCGACGAGUCGGCUUGGAAUGCUUACACCGAAGUCAACCGCCUCUUCGCCCGAGCCAUAGCCAGAGAAGUCGAGGAUGGUGACCUGGUCUGGGUCCACGAUUACCAUCUGAUGCUGCUACCGCAAAUGCUUCGCGAUGAGAUUGGCUCUACAAAGUCCAAUGUCAAGAUCGGCUUCUUCUUACACACUCCCUUCCCGUCGAGCGAGAUCUACAGGAUUCUGCCCGUUCGAAAUGAAAUCCUGUUGGGAGUUCUGCACUGUGAUCUGAUUGGCUUUCACACCUACGAUUACGCUCGACACUUCCUCAGCAGCUGUUCGCGGAUUUUGAACCUCACCACUACGCCCAACGGGGUCGAAUUUGAAGGCAAGAUUGUCACCGUUGGUGCUUUCCCUAUCGGCAUCGAUCCAGAAAAAUUCACCGAGGGCCUGAAGAAAGACAAGGUCCAAAAACGCAUCGCGGUGUUAGAGGAAAAAUUCAAGGGUGUUAAGUUGAUUGUGGGUGUAGAUCGACUCGACUACAUCAAAGGUGUUCCCCAGAAACUGCAUGCUCUCGAAGUUUUCCUUACAGAUCACCCCGAAUGGAUUGGCAAGGUCGUUUUAGUCCAGGUCGCCGUGCCCAGUCGACAAGAUGUUGAGGAGUAUCAGAAUCUUCGAGCUGUUGUCAACGAGUUGGUGGGGCGCAUCAAUGGAAAAUUCGGCACUGUCGAAUUCAUGCCCAUCCACUUUAUGCACAAAUCGGUCAACUUUGAUGAGCUCAUUGCGCUGUACGCCGUCUCUGAUGUGUGCCUCGUCUCCUCGACACGGGACGGUAUGAACCUGGUGUCCUUUGAGUACAUAGCCUCUCAGGAACAGCGAAAAGGUGUUCUCAUUCUUUCCGAAUUUGCCGGGGCAGCACAGAGCUUGAAUGGGAGUAUCUUGGUCAACCCUUGGAACACCGAGGAAUUGGCAGGUGCUAUUCAAGAGGCUGUGACGAUGAGCCCCGAACACCGGGCCAUUAAUUAUGCCAAGCUGCAUAAAUACGUCUUCAAAUACACCAGUGCUUUCUGGGGACAAUCUUUCGUCGCCGAAUUGACCAGAAUAUCGGCCCAAGGCGAGAAGAAGUUGAAGUUGCGUCGAGCGUCCCUGAUCAAAUCGCCGUCUCAGCAGCCACCUUCUGAAAAUAGAGAUGGGGAUUCGGAAAUGAAGCAAACCUCUCAGCCGCCUCGGCCCACUACGCACACAGACGUCGAAAUCGAUGGCGAGCAAGCAUCGAGAAAUGUCGGUGCCACGGCUGCGGAUGGAGUUUCGAAAGAAAAAUCGGUGACGAUAUGAGGUUAAGUGAUGGGCACUGCCAAUGUUGGCAACGAAACGAUACGAGGUCAUGUGGCAGAGUCCUUACCGUGGGCUUUCUUGUUGCAUUAAUUACAGUCAUGCGGCAUUACUUUAGACAGGAGCCAAAGCAACAAAGACAGGCAGGGCAAGGCGCUCAGGGACAAUAGAUAGGAAAUCAUUGACUGCGGGAAUCUGUGUCUUGCGAAUGCCAUAACUAGACUGAGUCCACUAUGAGCUCGACAAUUGAAUCGACAUGCUUCUUGA